GUACCCUAAAUUCUAAGUAAGUAUAUACAGCAGUGAGGACUCCAACGCUCGCACUAAUGCGCAUGAUCCGGAAAAAUCCCACGAAUGUCCAUCACUGCAUCUGCUGUAUACUUUGCAUACCACAUGCGUUUCUUGCGGGUAACCUCGAUGUCAUAACAAAUAUUUAAUUAUGGAUGAAAGUCGAAAAUCUCGUGUUAUUCUCGAAGAAUAUGGUAUACCUAAUGCUUCCGACUAUACAAAUUACCAACCACAACACGAUUGGAAUUUACAAAAUUUUAAAAAAGAAUUUAAAAUACAGGUAGUCAGGGAAUCUGAAGAUGAACGUGAAUUAGAAUUUGAUUUAAUUGGUUAUCCUGUUGGUUUUGCUAAUGCAUUUCGUAGAGUUCUUCUGAGUGAAGUACCAACCAUGGCUAUAGAAAAAGUUUAUAUUCUAAAUAACACAAGCUUGAUCCAAGACGAAGUUCUUGCUCAUAGGUUGGGUCUCAUACCGUUUCGAGCUGAUCCCAGGCUAUUCGAAUAUCCUUCAUCCACUACUAAAGAUGAAGAUGAAGUUAGCGAUCAAGACACACUCAGAUAUGAACUUAAGGUAUCGUGCACCUGGAAUCCUCAAGCUCCCAAAGAUUCUAGAAGAACAACUGACAUGUACAAGAAUAGCAAUGUGUAUAGUAAAGACAUUAAAUGGGUUCCAAUUGGACGCCAAGCAGAACUUUACCCUCGAGGAGCAGAACAAUUAGGUGUUUUAGAAAAUGAUAUCUUGAUAUGCAAAAUGCGUCCUGGUCAAGAAAUACAUGCUUUUAUGCAUGCAGUUAAAGGAAUUGGAAAAGAUCAUGCCAAAUUUUCUCCUGUAGCUACAGCAUCAUACAGAUUGUUACCAGACAUACAACUAAUAAAACCAGUUAAAGGUGAAAUGGCGGAGCGCUUAAAAAACUGUUUCAGCAUCGGUGUAAUAGAAAUUAUUGAACAUAAGCCUGGCGAUCCAGAUUCACGUGAAGCGAGGGUGAAGAACCCUCGUUACGAUAGUUGUUCUAGAAAUGUGUUUCAGCACGAAGACCUCAAAUCAUGCGUACGUUUAAGUAGGGUACGAAACCAUGUCAUUUUUACUAUUGAAUCCGUGGGAACGUUAACUCCAGCUGUGUUAUUUGUGGAAGCUAUUAAAAUUCUUAAGGGAAAAUGUAAAACGUUUUUGGAAGAACUUGAAAAUAUUAGCCAAUAAAUGUUUUCCACUGUA